AUGGAUGGCAUCAUUCGUGACUGGGUUUACAUAGUCCUCGCUCGACAAUUUUCCACUCCAAUGGGGCCGAGUACCGAUGCGUGGCCGAACCAGGAGCUUCCCGUCCAACAGUUGGCGGCCGACUGGGUGCCGAUUUACGUAAAGGAAAACCGCGUCGAGACCGCCCAGCCCAGCCCCGAGAAGGCACGAUGGUGUCAUUGGAGAUGCGAGGACUAG